ACGUAUACACACGGAGCGCAUGAGGGCACGAGUCGUGACGCUCUACAGCAAUCAUUACGACUUAAGAUAAGUGAGCCGCAAUCACUUGACAUAGUGACGUUUGGUGUCUCGUUUGGUGUGCCCGUUGAAUCGCAUGUGGUGAGCACCAUUUCGCCGGCCGGCCGCCAUCUCGUUUACACGCCCUCGUUCGCGUAGACCGUCUCUAUCUCCUCUCUCGACAACGCGGACGUAUCCUCUUUCCGUUUUCCAUCCCUUACUGCUGCCCCCCUUCAGAGUCUGAACACCUGCAGCAGUGAUGAAUAUCUUCAAGGUCGACGUCGAAACCACAACGAUCACACCGAUCGCCACUACAGCGACCACCGUCAAAUAGUCGCGCAUAGUCAAUAGUGUACCUACCACAAACCUACCACCGCAUUACCUCUACUUUCGUUCAGAUUAUUUGCAAAGAAACUUGGAAAUAUAACUCAAUUUAUCGUCCAAAACUACAUUUACAAGCGUUUCAGCUGUUCCAACACAGUACGACGUGAUUAGGAUUACUACAUAACUAUUUCUUCGACUUUUACAAUCCUAAUAGUUGUUCAACACUAUUAUUGUCAACAGUCUCUUGUAAUCGACCAGCAUCUACGUACACAGCUCUACCACCAACAUCGAUAACUGCAUCGAAAUCUAGUGGUCGAGUAUACGAUGAUUCCACUGACGUCUUCGACGUCGCUGAGAAAAUCGAGCGUGGCGGCAAAAAUGACAAGCGGCGGCUCCACCGGUAUGCCUUCGCCCACCAGCCUCCUGACGAAGCUCAAGGGGGCUGUGCGUUCGGUCGUGUCGGACUCGAAUGCCCGCAACCUGAUGGGCUUUCUGGCGCUAAACUUUGUGUUCGCUUUCGUGGAACUGGCGUACGGCAUGUGGACGAACAGCUUGGGACUGAUAUCGGACUCGUUUCACAUGUUCUUCGAUUGCACCGGCCUGGUGGCCGGGCUGGCGGCUCAGGUGGUCAGCCGGUGGCCGGCCGACGAUUCGUUCGCCUACGGCUACAAGCGCGCCGAGGUCCUGGCCGGGUUCGUCAACGCGCUGUUCUUGUUGUUCAUAGCGUUUUUCAUACUGACGGAAGCCGUGGAACGAGCCAUCGAACCGCCCGAGGUGCACCACGACCGCCUGUUCGUGGUCAGCGUGCUAGGACUGCUCGUCAACCUGGUCGGCAUAUACGUGUUCCAACACGGCGGCAGCCACGGGCACAGUCACGGCGGCGGCGGCGGUCACGGGCACAGCCACGGCGGCGGCGGUCACGGGCACAGUCACGGCGGUUCCGGCGGCGGUCACGGGCACAGUCACGACGCGCCCGGAGACGACCCCUUCAACCAGCACCACCAAGUGUCCAUAUCGAUGGGCGGCGGCGGUCACCAGCAAAACAACGCGUCACCGCCGACGUCCGGCGCCGGUCAGAGUAACCAGAACCAGAACCAUCUGAUGAAAGGCGUGCUGCUGCACAUCCUGGCCGACACGCUGGGCAGCGUGGGCGUGGUCAUCUCGGCGCUGCUGAUGCGAGCUUUCGGGUGGAUGCGCGCGGACCCCGUGUGCUCGAUAUUCAUCGCCGUGCUGGUGGCCGCCUCCGUGUGGGGACUGCUUUGCGACUCGGCCCGCAUACUCAUGAUGCGCACGCCCGUCGAGCUGGACGACGAGCGCCGGCUGCUGGACGCGUGCUACUCCCGACUGCACCGGUACCAUCCGGCCGUGAUGGGCAUCCAGGAACCGCGGUUCUGGACGCUGUGCGCGGACACGUACGCGGGCAGCAUCAAGAUCGAAGUCCGGUCCGGGUUCAUCGGGAGCGCCGGUCCCGGCGCCAGCGAUUAUGCCGCGUCCUCGCCGUCGCCGUCGCCCAUGCAGUUCGCCGGUCAAACGGACGCCGCCGCCAGGUUGUUGCACGACCGCGACCAAUUCGCCAACGGUCUGGUGCGAUACGCGCAACAGGUGUUCGCCGCCGUCGGUGUCCGGAACCUGUACGUGCAGAUCGACUACGCGGGCGAAGACGCGGUCGGAGCCAUGCUCAACCACAAUCAUACACAUCACCACCACGUCGACGACGUGCAGCGGCCGAACAGCUACGCGACGUCCGGUAGCGUGCUCGAUCAGCCUCAACAGCAAUUCCAGGCGUACAAUCAAACACAACACCACCAUCAACAACAGCAUCAGCAGCAGCAACACCAACAGCCGCAGCAACAGUACACCAAUCCGUUGUUAAUGAUGUAAUUUUUUUUUUUUUUU